AUGGAGCUUGAUGAAGAAGAUUCUCACUUAUGCAUCCGAUGUAAUCAAACGAUAAUUGGAUUGCAAAAUUAUGUUAAUCAUCGACAAAGUCAAUGCAGAACGCAAACAAAAUCUUCGUCAAAGCAGUUUUCUCCAAAUUUUAGUUUUCUUGAUUCGCAUACUAAUAAGAAGAUACAGAGUUAUGAAGAUGAUUUUAAUUUUGGAGACGACGAAAGCGACGAUGAAGAAGAAGAAGAAGAUGAUGAUGUUGGGAUUAGUGCCGAGCAAAAUAACAAAUCUACAGAGUCGGAAUUUAAGGAAUAUGAUUAUGACUUUUUCUCAUCAUUGGAGCUUCAAUGUAUGUCAACUAAGCGAGACAUACCACAAGCAAGAGGGGGGAAGAAUUUUAAUCAUCAUCAUCGUAUUAUGACAAGAAAAGCGACUGCUGCCAUAAUGGCUCAAAAUGGGGAUGAAUGGAUUGACGACACAAAUGUUGUUGGGAUAAACAAGAAAGACGAUGAAGAUGCUUAUAAUAAGUACUAUCAUAAUGAGUCAAAUGAGUCCACUGACUCGGAUGAUUCGGAACCAGCAGUGCCUCCGAGAAAUUAUACGCGUGGCAAAUGGAAACCAGGAUCACGUAUUUUGAAUAAUUUUAGUGGAAAAUGGAAAACCGACAUGGAUGAUAUUACCAAAACAACAAAUUGGGAACUAAAUGAAAAUGAAUCGUCAAAUGAUGGCUUAGAUAAAUCUUUAGAAAUUGAUGAUAGAAAUCCCCCACCAAGUCAUACAAAAGGUAAAUGGAUUCCCGGUACAAAAAUCUCUCGACUAGAAUUUAAAGAUGAGAAAAUUGAUGAAAAAACUGAACGUGAUAGUUUUUGGUGUCGUUACUGCUGCCGAAGUCUUGCAACAAAAGCAAUUUAUGAGAGACACUUAAAGUCAAAUUUACAUAAAAAGCGUACAAAGCAACAAAAUGAAUUGGAGGACGCAGGUGAAAGUUUGCCACUUAGAAAUCUCAAUGAACUUUCAACACAUUUCGACAAGGAGCAACAGAAGCAACAACAAAAGACCCCUGAGGAAAGAAAUAAAAUAAGUUCUACGACAGUAAUACCAAGUAAAAAGAAAACGGCAGAUGAGAAUACAGAAAUAAUCGAAAUCGAGAGUGAAAUACUUGAUCGAGCAACUAUAUCAACGCCCAUCACACGAACAGGUCAUGAUGAUGAUGAUGAUGAUUUUGUUGUUGACGUGGAUAGUAAUGGAAGGAAUAUUUAUAGAAACGGUUCGUCAGAGCCAGAGGAUAGCAAUGUAGCAAAGAGAAUAAUAAAAAGGAAGAAAAAAUUUCGAUCACGUACAAAAAUAACAUGUGAGGAGUGCGAUAUGAAAUUACCGGUUCAUUUAUUUGGCAACCAUUUGAUAUCACAUUUUCACUAUCGAAAAAUGCUGCUGAAUCCUAAAAAAUCCUUCGAUUCUGUUCUGAAUAAUUUCCAUAAAAUUGUGAUACAAUCGCCCUUUCAGUGUCAACCAUGCAAAUUCUAUUUCAAUACACGAGAAGAGUUUACGCGACAUUGGAAUUCAAUAGAGCAUACCGAGACUGUCACUAAGCUUGUUGGUGGAAAAUUUUUAUGUUCAUCGUUUUGUAAAUUUGAAUGCGUAUCGAAUGCUGAAAUGACAGAGCAUUUAGAUAGUGUAGAGCAUCAACAAGUUGUUACUUUGAUCAAUCGCUCCAAACCGAUUAUAAUACGCUACAUAACUCGACUUUUAUGUAAACAAUGUCGACAGGAAUUUCGAUAUAAUAUUCAGUUAAUGCAUCAUAUGAAAGACUGUAAAUUUAAAUCGACGGAUAAAUUUAUAUUCAAUGAAAUUUUCAAUUGUGAUAUGUGCGAUAAAGCCUUUCAAUCGGGAUUAUCGUUACAAAAGCAUAAAAUUAAGGCCCACAGAAUUUCCAUUUUCUUCUGCUCCGAAUGCCAAUUGACAUUCGAUACAGCAGAUGAGGCGAAAUCACAUCGUAGAACGAAUCAACACAAAACAUUAGCUUCACGAAAGAGAAUUCUAAAUGAUCCGCAAAUGAAAGAGCGAAUGAAGAAGAAAUGCCCGAUAUGUAAGGAAGAGCAAAUGGAUAUAAUUCAAUUAAAGCAGCACAUCCAUGAAUUUCAUCCUGAGCGUAAAUUUAGUUGUGGACGUUGUGGUAUGAAAUUUGCAAUAGCUCAGGAAAUUUCGAGACACGUCCGAGAUAAAUUAUGCAAGUUUUAUAACACGAACAAAACUGAACAGUCAACGACGUGUACUAUCACAUCCAAUGAAGGAGGAGAAGUUCAAACAGAAGAAAAAGUAAUAGUUGAAAAUGCUGAGACAUCAACAUCCCAGAGUUCUAUAAAAAGUUUUGCCUUAAUUACUUCUGAUUCAAUUAAGUAUCCAAGUAUGAGUACGGAAAAUGAUGAUGACGAUGAUAAAGUUCCAACUACGUCUAUAGAAUCAGUUGAAGAAGAAAGUCCAUCUCAAGGCAUAGAUUUAAUCGAAAAUAAUUUCUCCGAAAUACUUUCACCAUCUGCAUUCCAAAUAAGCGAAACUAGAAAUAACGAGACAGAUGAAGACAAUGAGUACGAAAUGAUAAUUGGUGAAAUAGACAAUAAAGUCGAACAGAUUGUUGAAAUUCAGUUCACAUGUAAAAUGUGUGGAUUUAGCUCCGAAUCACAUGCCGAAUUUCUAUUUCACGAAAUUCUUCAUCAAGUGCCAACGGAACAAAAAUCAACCGUAAAAUUACAGUGCAGUGUAUGUAAGAAAUUUUUUCGCAAGCAGUCAUUACGAGAGCAUUUGCGUCAGCAUACAAAUGAGAGAAUUUUCAAUUGUCCCAUUCAAGCAUGUCCAAUGAGUUUUACUCGAAAGGCUAAUCUUAAAAAUCAUGUUCGAAAUGUUCAUAAAAGAAAUUCAGAGCCAUCCACAUCGACAUCAUCGCCAUUUGUGUGUAAAAUUUGUGGCAAAAAGUUUCUUAGCAAAUUCAUUCUAGAGCAACACCAGCUCAUUCAUCGCAAGAAAAUUGAAACAAAAACAUCAGCAUGUCUAAUAUCAAGUUGCAUUUACGUUGAACAUAACUCUGUAAAUGCAAGGAAUCAUUUACUUGAUCAUAAUGAUGAGAAAUUGUUCAUUUGUACACAACAAAAUUGCGAUUAUCAAGCAGAAACAAUGGAACAAUUGAAAAGUCAUUCUCAUAAGCAUCAAGAACUGGAGUUCAGAUUCUGUUGUGAACAUUGCGAUUAUAAAACAAAGCUAUCAAGCCAUCUUAAACGACAUAUGCGAAUUCACGAAGCGGAUCAAGGGAAAAUUUAUAAAUGCAAUUUUUGCGACUACGCUUGCAAUAAUUCUGAGAAUUUACGUAAACAUGUACUAAGUAGCAAGAAGCAUGAAGGACGCUUUAUGUAUGAGUGCAUUUACUGCACGGUCGAUGAUGAAAACUUGCGAUUUAAAUGCAAUUACAUGAAGGAGUAUCAUAAACAUUUAUUGAAUAUUCAUAAUAUUUCAAAAAAGACUUAG